AUGGUUACUAUACUACAAAUUAAUCUCAAUAACUGUAAGGCAGCUCAAGAUUUAAUGCUAUAUACAGAGAGAAAACAUCAUAUCGAUUUAAUAUUAAUCACCGAGCCUUAUAAGGUACCAGAAAAUUCGUUCUGGACAUCAAGUAAAAACAACACGGCUUGUAUACGUUGGAAUCCUGAUGGUCGUAUGAAUACAUGUAUAAAAAGAAGAAGUGGCAGAUUUUCCACAUCCAUACAGUGGAAUAAUUAUGUAUUUGUGUCCUGCUACAUUUCUCCUAAUAUAGAUAUCAAUGAAUUCGAGGAAUUCCUUGAUGAAAUAGAUAAUAUAAUCAUGGACGCUCAAGACUACAAGAUCAUUAUCGGAGGCGACUUUAACUCAAAAUCCACUAUGUGGGGCGCCUCUCAGACUAAUAUACGUGGAGAUCGUUUGGAGAGAUGGAGUGCAAAUCGAGAUAUGAUACUUGUUAAUCACGGUUGUAAACCCACCUGCAUAAGAUCACAGGGUUCUUCUAUCAUUGAUUUGACGUGGUGUAGUCCCAGUGCCAAACUUCAAAUAUUAUCCUGGGAAGUAAUGAACUUGGAGACAUUGUCAGAUCACGCUUAUAUCAUCUUUCAGAUCAAUAUGAAUGAAGCUCCUCCGAUAUCACGACGUAAAAAGAAUUACAUUAGAUGGGCGCACAAAAAAAUGGACGCGGACAGAUAUAGAGAAGUCCUGACGUGGAAAUGUGUGAACCACACACACGAUGAAGAAGACGUAAAUAAAAUGGCUAAAUGGACGCAGGAGGUUAUUACUGAAGCUUGUAAUUACAGCAUACCUAUUAUAAUCAACAUGCGAAGAGAGAGUGUAUAUUAG